CGUGACUUUAUUAUAAGUUCUCUGGACUCCCUCGCAAAUUUGACAUUUGGCUAUAGCCAAAUUUUGACAGCAAUUGCUUCAUAAAAAAAUUUUAAGCGGACUUUUUUUGUUUUCACAAAUAAUACAUAGAAAUUAAGUUAAGGAUACGCCAUGAAUUCGGCAACGAAAGUUGGCGAAAUAUUUACAGCCGCUGGCCAAGCUUUUAGUCGUUUGGGCGAUUUAACAAUGCAAUUGCAUCCAAAUGCCGAAUCACCAUCAGGCAAGUGGACGGAAGAGGAGAUAAAUAUGCUACACUCAUCCAUACUACGUUUUUCGGAUGAUUUGAAUAAAAUAAGUUCAAGCAUUAAAAAUCGGACAGUUUCUCAAAUACGACAAGCGCUUAAGAAGAAGGCUUUCGAAGAUGCCGGUAUACCAGCUAAACAGGUGCCUGUGCAGCAAGUACAACAUGUCAUACAGACCGUGCAACAAUUACCAACGCAACAGACACAUGUGGUGAAGCAGCAAACAAUACAAUUAAAUACAAUACAGCAACAGCACCAAAAUGUUAAUGUAAUAACCCAACAACAACAGCAGCAGCAUCAUCAGCCACCACAAACCCAACCAAGCACACCGCAGACCGUACAUAUACAACACGUGCAACGCAUAUUGCCGGUGCAGGCAGCACAGGUGUCACAGCAGCAACAUCAUCCGCAACCAACACUAACUGCGCCACAAUCGUUGCAAACAUCACCCAAACAAAUUAUCAUACAACAAACCAGCGCAGCAACACAAAUCAUACAACAACCGCAGACAACCACUGUAACGUUGCAGCAAUUUCAACAAUUGCAACAGCAACAGAAAGCAUUGUUGGCCGUAUCAGCCGGAUCUACAAUGGCUACAGUGACGGAGAAUGUGGUUUUACAACCUGCCACACAGCCGACACAACUGUCACAGGUGGUGCAGUCCGUGCAACAGCAGUCAGCGCAUCAGCAACAGCAGCAAACAACGUCUCAACAAGCUUUAGUGGUGGCUAGUAGCGCUGCUGCCAUAACUGCUGUGGCGCCGACAACAGUAAUGGUCCCCGCCACGGGUGUAGUAAGUGGUGUGGCUGUAACUACUACUGCACCGCAAACAACAAGCUCCAUAGCUUUGAAAUCAGGACCAGAUGUGAUGAUGACAUUGAAUCGCAUCAACACACAGGAGCACGAGGAGGAAUGCCUACCCGCUGAUGUGGUCAAAUUGGAUUUUGCUAAUGAAGAGGUAACCGGAUGAAAUCUAGAGAAUGCGGCGGUGAGUGAUGUUGGUGUAGUUGGUGGCAGCGGCAAUGGCGAUAGCGUGGAAUGUGUGACGGUCGAAGAUGAUGAUUAUUAUUUUUUCAAUUCAAAGAAUUAAAUAAUUUACGUUUAAAUUGAGUACAUUAACAUUAGUGAAAAAUGUUUUAAUGAAUUAUAUUUUAAUAUAAAUUUAAUUUAUUGUAGUUCUCUAUGCAGAACGCAAUUGUCUGACAAAACAUGAAUCCAAGUUUAAUUUCAUGUGUAAAUGGCAAAUAAUCAGAAUUCAAUAUAAAGUUGUAUUCUAAAAUUAUUCAUUAUUUAAUUAAUAUCA